GGGAGGGAGCGGCGCUGCUCUAUCCAGGGCUUGCGCGUGCUGGAGGAUCACAAAUGCGCAAUCCAAUUGAAGUGGUAACAGUAGUAGUAGUCGAUGCGCAGCUAGACUUUUAGUGGCAACGAGAGGGUGCUCGAAUGGCUAGCAGCAUGCCAUCGACCGUGAUGAUUUCGAGCAGGAUGGAUUCAAUCUGCAGGCCGUGCCUUGCUGCCAAUUCGGGCCUUCGCUAUUGUAGGCCAAGAGCAGCAGCAGCAACAGCUCAGUUCUCGUCCACCAACAAGCUCAAGCUUGAGCCACUGCUCAUCGGCGGAGUGAUUAGUAGGCAGCAGCCCCGGGCAUCAUUCAAGGCAGAGACGUAUGAAGCCAACCAAGGCGAGACGGCGCCGCCAAGUAGCGCCGAGCCAGCAGCUCCCAUGAACAGGCUCAAGAUUGGGAUCUACUUCGUGACAUGGUGGUCCCUCAACGUUGUAUUCAACAUCUACAACAAGAAAGUCUUGAACGCUUACCCCUUCCCAUGGCUCACGUCCACGCUUUCCUUGCUCGCUGGCUCCACGCUCAUGUUUCUGUCAUGGGCAACAGGGCUCGUCGCUCCACCCGACACAGAUGUGGAAUUCUGGAAAUCGCUCUUCCCGGUAGCCUUGGCCCAUACCAUUGGUCACGUAGCAGCGACGGUGAGCAUGUCCAAGGUGGCUGUCUCCUUCACGCACAUUAUCAAGAGCUCGGAACCGGCAUUUAGCGUGGUGAUCCAACGCCUUUUUCUGGGAGAGCACUUCUCCCUCCCCGUCUACCUCUCGCUGAUACCGAUCGUAGGUGGCUGCGGUCUUGCGGCUCUCACAGAGCUCAACUUCAACAUGACUGGAUUUGUGGGGGCGAUGGUGUCCAACAUUGCCUUCGUGUUUAGGAACAUCUUCUCCAAGAAAGGAAUGAAGGCUGGCAAGGCAGUCGGAGGCCUAAACUACUACGCCUGCCUCAGCAUCAUGUCGCUGGUCCUCCUCACGCCGUUUGCGCUCGUAGUGGAGCCACCACAGCAGUGGAUCUCUGGGUGGAAUGUUGCCGUCCAAAACGUUGGGCCUCAACUCUUCUGGUGGGUCAUGGCCCAGAGCGUGUUCUAUCACCUCUACAACCAAGUCUCAUACAUGUCCUUGGAUGAAAUAUCUCCGCUCACAUUCAGCAUUGGGAACACCAUGAAGCGAGUCUCAGUCAUUGUAUCCUCCAUAAUCAUCUUCCGGACACCGAUCCAGCCCAUCAAUGCCGUAGGAGCUGCCAUUGCCGUGCUGGGAACGUUUUUCUACUCGCAGGCAAAGCAGUGAUCAAACAUGUAUGCUUAUUCAAAGUGUCAAUUAUGUACACAGGCGCAAUUUACAUGUCUAUAAAAUCUCAACCUUUCAAAGAGUA